AUGGCUGACAUUUAUGAAAUCGAAGACAUUGAUGGUGUCCGUUUUAACUGGAACGCAUUCCCUGUUACGAGGCAGGAGGCUGAUAACAUGUCCUCACCUGUCGGAUGCCUGUACACUCCUCUUCUGGCUAGAGAUGAUCUUCCGGUGGCAGAAUACGAUCCACAGGUUUGCAGAAGAUGCCGUGCUGUACUGAACGUGUUUUCGCAGAUUGACUUGGGAUCUAAGACAUGGGUUUGCACACUCUGUAACUCCAGAAACCCAUUACCUCCUCAUUAUGCAGGAAUAACGGCUGAGAACCUACCAUUAGAAUUGAAUCCACAAUCAUCUUCUAUUGAAUACAUUUUAUCUCGUACACAGCCGCCACCUCCUCCAUGCUAUAUUUAUGUUGUGGAUUUGUGCCAGGAGCCGGAAGACCUCGAGUCUUUGAAGAAGACCUUGAUCACAACUCUUCCAUUGCAUCCUCCUGGGGCACUUGUUGGUCUCAUCACCUUCGACUCCGUUGUUAACGUCCACGAGCUUGGCUUCAAGUCAUGUUCCAAGACAUAUGUCUUCAGCGGAAGCCACGAAUACGAGUCUGUUGCCGCACAGAAGCAGCUAGGCAUAUACGGAAACUGUUCUAGAGACUGGAUGCGUCAGUUGGAAGGAUCCGCACCUGUGAAAGCUCCAGGAGCUGGUGCAGCUGCCCAGUUCGGUCCAAUUGCUUCUACCGUUGGUAGAUUCCUUAUUCCAAUAGGUGAUGAGGAUUCCAUCACACGCCUCACUAAGACUAUAACCUCAUUAGAGACUUCAAAAUGGACAGUUAAGCCUGGCCACAGGGCUGUGCGUGUUACUGGUGCUGCCCUAGAUAUAGCUUCAUGCCUUAUUGACGGUUCCUACACGCAGUGUUGUGCCAAAGUUAUGCUUUUCAGUGCCGGUGCCUGUACUUUUGGCCCGGGUAAGAUUGUUGGCACUGAGCUCAAAGAACCUAUUAGAUCACACAGUGACAUUGACAAGGGUUCGGCUUCGCAUUACAAGAAAGCCGUGAAAUUCUACCAGAAGCUUGCCACAAAGGCCGUUGGCUCAAAUGCUGCCAGGGAGAAUACCAAAGACAAAUUCUUUGACCAUAAUGCAUCCUCCAGUUUCUGUGUUAAUAUAUUUGCAGGAUGCUAUGAUCAGACUGGUGUCUACGAGAUGCUCCCUCUUGCCAACAAGACAGGCGGUGUUGUUGUUGUGACGGAUUCCUUCCAGACUUCCAUCUUCAGAAACUCAUUCUUUGAAUUGUAUGCUAAGGAUGACAAUGGAUAUCCAUUUGACUAUUCUGCAGGCAGCUUGGAUGUUCUCACAUCUCCGCGUUUGAAAGUUGCGGGCUUGAUUGGUCAUGGUGCCUCUCUCAAGGCAGAUGGUGAAAAUGUUGCUGAUGUUGAGAUUGGUGAAGGAUUUACUCAUCGGUGGAGUCUUCGCUCUAUUUCUCCUAGACACACAUAUGCAAUCUUCUUUGAUAUGCAGACUGUUGGCUCCGUGGAGCAACGUACAUCGUCAGUUCCUGAGGUUUAUAUUCAGUUCCAGACUACAUACAGGCAUACUGACGGAACUGUUAGGAUGAGAGUGACAACAUUGAGUAGAUUAACAUCUAAUUCCACGGAUUUAUCCUCCACAUUCGACCAGGAGGCGGCUGCAGUCUUGUACGCUAGACUUGUUGUUAACAAGCUUGAGAGAGGUGGUGAGUACUCUGACCUUCUUCGUUGGAUUGAUAAAUCACUUGUCAAGCUCUGUACCGUUUUUGGUGAUUAUACUAAGGGUGAUGCCAACUCGUUCAGGCUGUCUAACAAAUUCUCUCUUCUUCCACAGUUCAUCUAUCAUCUCCGGCGUUCUCAGUUCCUUCAGGUGUUCAACUACUCACCUGAUGAGACUGCCUUCUACCACCAUACUCUUCUUCGGACUGAUGUUAGGGAUUCAUUGGUUAUGAUUCAGCCAACUUUGGUGCGUUUUCUUGCAGAUGGAUCUGAGCCAGAGCCUGUGCUAUUGGAUUCUGCAUCAUUAAAACCAGAUGCAGUCUUACUUUUGGAUGCAUUCUUCUACACUGUCAUCUACUAUGGAAGAGUUGCCGCUGAGUGGAGAGAUGCACAUUAUCCAAAGGAUGAAUAUCCUGGGGUCUACGACAUGAUGGAUAAGUCUAGAGAAGAAGCUGCAUCUUUAAUUGCCGACAGAUUCCCUCUUCCUAGAUAUGUUACAUGUGACGAAGGUAAAUCACAAGCUAGAUUUUUGUAUUCCAAAUUAAAUCCUUCCGAGAAUGAUAACAACCAAUUUGUUGGAGGCAGAAUGGGCGGUUACGUUCCUGACGAAGGAGAGGCAUCUGUUGUCCACACCGAGGAUGUUAGUUUGCGGACUUUCUUCCAGCACUUGGCUAAGCUGGUUGUUAAUGCUAGCUGA